CCGCCGCAGCAGCUUCAGCUACACGUGUAUAUUAUUGUGUGUGCGUGUGUCUGCCGCGAGCAGGCCGGAGAGAUAGAUACCUACACUAUUCCGACUACACGGCGGUGUCCCCCCAGUUAGUUCUCUCCCGGUUCUUUUCGGAAUAUGGCGGAUGCCGAGCUGACGAAGGCCUUGAAGGAUCUACCAAACCGCAUUCAAACUGCCAGCAGGAACGAGCGCCGCGAGAUCUUCCAGAAUGUCGUCGACGUCUUGUCAAAUCCUGGCAUCAAUGAAAAGAUUGUGGGAGGAAUAUGCAAGAGUGUGCCCAUCACUCUGCAUCGAUACAAUGACACCGCUUCUCAGUCCUACGUAACAAAUUUGAUCGUGGCCCUGAUCAAGCAACAUCCUCAGGCCACACUAAAGAACUUGACAAGUGUUAUUGCGGAGCAAGCUGUUUGGCACAAAAGUUUGAUACCUACAUACAAUACUGCUGCAUCAGCAUACACAGUUUUAAGAUGGAGUUCUUUGAUUUUCCUUCAUGGAGCUAAAGAGCUCGAUAAUUUGGAUAACUCAGAUUUAUCAAAAUUGAUAGAAGCACAAGCCGUACUCAGCGCUGCUGCAUUGGCUGCUAGAGAUAAAAAACUCACAAAAAAGGUUGAAUUACUCUUUUCUCAUCAAUGGAAAACUGUUAAAAAUAAUAUUGAAGAGAAAUAUGUGGAUGUCUUGAUUGCUGCGGAACCAAAUGAAGGGGUUGUUGCGCUUGCUGGUUUACUCACAACUUAUCUUAUUGCAUCGGAUAAGGCUGAUCUCAUAGAGAAGCUGAAGACCAGUAUUUUAAGUACUUUUAUGAAAGUGUGUGUUAGCUGCAAGAAAAAGCCAGAUCUUUAUAUUAUAGAUGCCGCUGCACCGUUUUUGAAGAGGAUUUCUCAUGAUGAUUUCAAAAAUCAGUUGUUGCCUGCUUUACAGAAGGCGAUGUUGAGAAAUCCAGAAAUUAUUAUCGAGACUGUAGGUCACAUUUUGACCAGCCUCAGUCUUGAUUUGAGUCGCUACACUGAUGAUAUCAGUAAAGGAUUGUUUGCAAAUUUACAUUCUAAGGCUGAUCUUGUUAGAGAUGAAGCUGCUGAUGCUUGUAAAAGGCUAUCCUUACAAUGCUCUGACAGUUCUGCAGUUGAAGGUUUACUAAAGGCCAUAUUUGCUGUGUUCCAUGGUUCAGAGGGAAAGUUGACGGUGGCCACUCACAAGAUCUCAGUUUUACAAGGUGCUGGUAAUUUAAGUUUUAAUGCUGUUAGUGGAAGUAGUGUACAGAAAUUAGCAGAGGUUGCUUGUGGCUACUUCAUUGAAGUCUUAAAGACAGAAAUUCAUGAGAAGACACUGGGCCAUGCAUUGGAAAUGAUGUCACUGUGGUGUGAAAAGUUUGCCAAUGAAGCACCCAAAAAUGUAAUCGAUGCUUUCAAACAGGGAAUGGCUUCCAAAAACUCAACCCCUGCAGUGCGAACUGCUUACAUAAGAUUACUUUUCUCCAUACCACCUCAGCCAAUAUCCAGUUAUACAGGAACCAUUGUUCCUAUCCUGAUUCAGGCAAUUACAAGGGCAACACAACAAAGUGCACAACCUCUUGUGGUGACAGAGGGUCUCUAUGCUGCUUAUUUACUCUUGAAAUUAAUUAUAACUGGUCAAGUAGAGAAUGAUAAGCAAGGUGUUCUUUGGUCGGCAGUAGAUGAUCAAGUCUUCUUUACCGAGAAAUUCCUAUCAACGUGUAAUGACGACACAACCCAUCACUUGAUGCUAUUUUGCGAGAAGCUCAUUGCCGAAUUCACGGAUAAACUCAAUGAAAAAGCUUUGAGUGGGGUACACAGAGCAAUCAUUGUCUGUGUGACAACUCCCAGAUAUGCUACUAGAAGCAAAUGCUGUACUAUACUGAAAAAAAUUCUGACAGCUAUCAGUACUUAUGAGCCCGUGCAAUCUCUUUUUGUGGAGUUCAACAAGUUCCUAGAAUCUGUCAAAUUCAAAGUAGAGAGUGACAAGGAGAACGCAAAGGAAGAUGCCAACUCUGAGAAAGUUAUCUGUGGAAUUUCUUUGGCUGAUGGACUCUCAGCUAUCUGUUCCGGCAGUUUCCUCUAUGAACAGCACUCCUACAACCUACUGCGAGAUGCGUUGAUUCCGGCCCACCAUCCGGUGAUCUAUAAGGCAGUGCCAAACCUUUGGCUGAGUAUCGCAAAACAGUUCUGCGAUAACCCGGCUAACUUCUUGCGUAAAUUUGGUAGCGAGAUCAAGAAACUCUUCGUGCAGAAUUACAAGCCUACAACGAGCUACGAAAACGCUCUACAACAAGUCACUUCGUUGGCUCCGGAUGUUAUCCUUCCAACGCUAGUGGCUCACGUCACAGCCAAACUUGACGAUCCUGAGAUUACCAAAGUUACCAAGGAUGAGUACUUCACGUAUCUAACUCCCGAGGGAGAGUUAUACGACAAAAGUGUGCUGCCAGGUAACGACGAGAAUGAUAUACUUAACGCGAUGAAUAUGAAGAGGGAGAGCAAGGUUUACUCGUUCAAGGAACAGCAAGAAGAGUUGCAGCUGAGGCGAGAACUGUACGAGAAACGUAAGAAGGAGGGCAAGAUCAAGGAGCCAAAGUUGACACCUAAACAAGAGGAGGCCAUUAAGGCCCAGUACAAUAAGGAGAAUACAAUCAGGAACAGGCUGAUCGAGAUGAAUACGAACAUCAACAACGUUGUGUCUAUGGUCAACGCAGCAGCGGAAGGAAACGGUUUCCAUCUGUCGUUCUACUUUAAAGAUCUGCUGCCAUCGAUUUUGAGGAAUCUAGCUUCACCGCUUGCGGCACCGACGAUGGCUGAACUUUUUGUCGGUCUUUCAAAAGCAGUUCUUAUAUCCAAUGAUCCAACUCUCGAUCAACUGAUCGCUCACGUCACACUGAGGCAACAUCAACCGCAGUGCGAUUUGGACCCUGCGUGGGAGGAAGAAGAGCUUUCAAAGGCUAUCAAGCGUACGCUAAACCUCAUUCAUACUUUGACGGUGAAAAAGAAGCAGCUGUUCUGCGCGCCUGCUUUCUGUUAUGUUUUCCACUUUAUCAAGAAGACUCUUCUGACCUGCAAAGAUGAUGGUAUGAUUACCCAAGGUCUUCAGAUAAUGCAGGAUCACGCAAAACAGCGCGGUGAUUCAACAAAUCCCGAAGAUGCGCGCCAUCCGCGUCUCCUACCUCGCAAGCAGAUGUUCGACUUGCUUAUCGAGCUAAUGAGCACUACUACGGGUCGUGUCCAGACUCACUCAGUAGCUACUCUUCUGGACGUUGCACAGUCAGGCAGUGGUACCGAGGGCGCGGCUCUGGCUAGUUCUGAAGAAAUCGAUUCACUUACCGGUGCUCUACAGAAUCCUUUGACUGCGGUCAGAGAUGCUGCUCUCAGAGGUUUGAUGGUCAUUAAAAAUGCUUUUCCAAGUGAAAAAGAAGAUCCGGUGCAGCUGCUCAACUUAACGAGGAGAAUCUGGGUGGCCAAAUUUGAUGUUAACGAUGAAAAUAAAGAGCUCGCUAACGAGCUCUGGUCUAGUGCAGGUUUGACAGCUGAUCCGAACAUUCUUUGCGAUGAGCUUAUCCAAGAUAUCGCUCAUCCUGUUGAAUCUGUCCAACAAGCCGCUGCUUGUGCUCUCGCUGAAUUGCUUUCUCAAGAUCCCGAACUCAUGUCUGGUAUCCUUGACCGUUUACUACACCUUUACCAAACUAAACUUGCCAUGAUUCCACCCAAGCUGAAUGACUUUGGUCGCAUCAUUGAGCAACCUAUUGACACCUGGGGUCCGCGGCGAGGUGUUGCCCUGGCUCUGGCCCAGUUUGCACCACUUCUCACUCCAGAGACCAUUCAGACUUUGAUUCAGUUCUUCGUGUCUACUGGUCUGGGUGAUCGCAACCAAACAGUGAGAACGGAAAUGUUUACCGCUGCAGUUGCUGCUGUUGAUUUACAUGGAAAGGAUAAUAUCACGUCGCUGCUGCCCGUCUUCGAAGAGUUCAUGGACAAAGCGCCUAAAAGCGGAAGUUUUGAUUGUAUUAAGCAGAGUGUGGUUAUUCUUAUGGGUUCAUUGGCUAGGCAUUUAGACAAGGAUGAUCCUAGAAUUAAGCCCAUUGUCACGAGAUUGAUCGCAGCUUUGUCAACGCCAUCACAACAGGUUCAAGAAGCGGUAGCAAACUGCCUGCCACAUCUCGUACCGUCCAUCAAAGAAGACGCACCCAAGAUUGUCGAAAAGCUCAUGCAUCAACUUCUUAACUCUGACAAAUACGGAGAGCGUAAGGGUGCCGCAUAUGGUCUUGCUGGUCUUAUCAAGGGUAUGGGUAUACUUGCCCUGAAACAGCUGGACAUCAUGACUACUUUGACCAAUGCUAUUCAAGACAAGAAAAACUACCGACACAGAGAAGGUGCACUUUUCGCAUUUGAGAUGCUCUGCACUAUGCUCGGCAGAUUAUUCGAGCCUUAUAUCGUUCACGUACUUCCGCAUCUCUUGCUCUGUUUCGGCGAUUCCAGUCAAUAUGUCAGAGCAGCAACGGACGAUACGGCAAGGGUUGUGAUGAGUAAAUUGUCAGCUCACGGUGUCAAACUUGUGCUGCCUAGUUUGUUAGCUGCUUUAGAGGAGGAUUCUUGGAGAACUAAGACAGGAUCUGUUGAGCUUCUUGGUGCUAUGGCUUAUUGUGCGCCAAAACAACUAUCCAGUUGCUUGCCCAGUAUCGUGCCGAAACUUAUUGAAGUUCUCAGUGAUUCGCACACUAAAGUACAGGAAGCAGGUGCCGAGGCUUUGAAAGUUAUUGGCAGUGUCAUUCGUAAUCCUGAAAUUCAAGCUAUUGUCCCUGUACUGCUGAAAGCUCUGCAAGAUCCAUCAAAGAAAACAGCUAUGUGUCUGCAAACUCUUCUGGACACACAAUUUGUGCAUUUCAUUGAUGCACCUUCACUUGCUCUUAUUAUGCCCGUUGUUCAGCGAGCCUUUAUGGAUAGGUCAACGGAGACUAGAAAGAUGGCAGCUCAAAUUAUCGGUAAUAUGUACUCACUAACUGAUCAAAAGGAUCUUACACCAUAUUUGCCAACCAUUAUUCCGGGAUUAAAGACCAGUUUACUCGAUCCUGUGCCAGAGGUACGUAGCGUGUCUGCUCGGGCUCUUGGCGCAAUGGUUCGCGGAAUGGGUGAAUCAAGCUUCGAGGACUUGCUGCCAUGGCUCAUGAUGACCCUCACUUCAGAAACCAGCAGCGUAGAUCGUUCUGGUGCUGCUCAGGGUCUGUCAGAGGUUGUGCGCGGUCUUGGUGUUGAGAAACUGCACAAGCUUAUGCCUGAAAUCAUUAGUACAGCCGAGCGCACAGAUAUCGCACCACAUGUCAAGGAUGGUUACAUCAUGAUGUUCAUUUACAUGCCAAGUGCUUUCACUUCCGAGUUUACACCUUACAUUGGUCAGAUAAUCAACCCUAUCUUAAAGGCUUUGGCCGACGAAAAUGAGUACGUUAGAGAAACUGCGCUUAGGGCUGGCCAAAGAAUUGUCACUUUGUAUGCAGACUCAGCGAUUAUGUUAUUGCUUCCGGAAUUAGAGAGAGGUCUGUUUGAUGACAACUGGCGGAUCAGAUAUUCAUCAGUACAACUGCUGGGUGACCUAUUAUAUAGGAUUUCUGGUGUGUCUGGUAAAAUGUCCACCGAGACUGCAAGUGAAGAUGACAACUUUGGUACUGAACAGUCUCAUUACGCCAUCAUCAAGGCUCUCGGUGCUGAAAGGCGAAACCGUGUGCUUGCCGGUCUGUACAUGGGCAGAUCUGACGUUGCGCUUAUGGUACGCCAGGCGGCAUUGCACGUUUGGAAGGUCGUCGUGACAAACACACCUCGCACCCUUAGAGAAAUCUUACCUACUCUGUUCAGUCUACUUCUGGGUUGUUUGGCUAGCACAAGUUUCGACAAGAGACAAGUGGCUGCACGCACCUUGGGUGAUCUUGUCCGCAAACUUGGCGAAAGAGUAUUGCCUGAAAUUAUUCCUAUACUGGAAAGAGGUUUGCAGAGCGAACAGGCUGAUCAGAGACAAGGUGUAUGUAUCGGUCUGUCCGAAAUCAUGGCUAGUACUAGCAGGGAUAUGGUGUUGUCCUUUGUUAACAGCUUAGUUCCUACUGUCAGGAAGGCACUUUGCGACCCGCUACCAGAAGUACGUCAAGCUGCAGCCAAGACCUUUGACAGUUUGCAUUCAACCGUUGGCGUACGUGCACUGGAUGAUAUACUCCCAGCUAUGUUGACCCAGUUGAAUUCCCCGGACCAGGCUGAAGCUGAGAAUACAUUAGACGGCCUUCGUCAAGUUAUGGCUAUCAAAUCACGAGUCGUCCUCCCAUAUCUGGUUCCUCAACUCACUAGUCCUCCAGUCAACACCAAAGCUUUGUCUAUCCUGGCGAGUGUGGCUGGUGAAGCUCUCACAAGAUUCCUCCAUAAAAUUUUACCUGCCCUACUCACGGCCCUCUCGACCGCUCAGGGUACACCUGAUGAGAUGCAAGAACUAGAGUAUUGUCAGACCGUGGUUUUGUCUAUUACUGACGAAACCGGAGUCAGAACAGUUAUGGAUCAGCUGAUGGAGGCAACAAGGUCCGAAGAUCCCAGCAGGAGGAGAAGUGCUGCCACAUUAUUGUGCGCUUUCUGCAGGGAUACCAGGGCAGAUUAUAGUCAAUAUGUGCCACAACUUUUGCGAGGCCUCAUUCAUCUAUUCACGGAUGACGAUAAGGAUGUACUACAGAUGAGCUGGGAAGCUUUGACUGCUGUAACUAAGACUCUUGGAUCGGAUCAGCAAAUUGCCCACGUUCAAGACAUUCGUCAAGCUGUUCGAUUUGCCGUCUCUGACCUUAAAGGGCAAGAACUUCUGCCAGGUUUUUGCCUACCAAAAGGAAUUACGCCAAUCCUACCCAUCUUCCGUGAGGCCAUUCUCAACGGUAUGCCAGAAGCCAAGGAGCACGCUGCUCAAGGACUUGGCGAGGUGAUACGUCUUACGAGUGCAUCGGCAUUGCAGCCUAGUGUUGUUCAUAUUACCGGACCCCUGAUUCGUAUUCUUGGUGAUCGUUUUAACUGGAGUGUAAAAGCCGCCGUUCUCGAAACUUUGGCUAUUCUACUCGGCAAAGUGGGUGUGAUGUUGAAGCAGUUCUUACCGCAACUUCAAACCACAUUCUUGAAGGCCCUAAAUGACAGCAAUAGACAAGUUAGGCUUAAGGCUGCUUAUGCUCUAAGUAAUCUUAUUGUCAUUCAUACUCGCGCCGACCCUCUUUUCGCUGAAUUACACACCGGAGUAAAGAAUGCCGAUGACCCAGCAAUUAGAGAAACGAUGUUGCAUGCACUUCGAGGUGUCAUAACGCCAGCUGGCGACAAAAUGUCAGAACAAAUGAGGAAACAAGUAUUCGUUACUUUGAGCGGAAUGCUUGGUCAUCAAGAAGAUAUUACGAGAAACUCAGUAGCUGGUUGUUAUGGAGCGCUCAUUAAAUAUUUGAGCCCCGAGCAACUGAAUACAGCUUACAAUGAUCAUCUUUUAAAUAGCAACGUCAACGAAGAUUGGAUGUUAAGGCAUGGUCGAUCGGCAGCGUUAUUCGUUGCGUUGAAAGAAGCCCCUGGCGUUGUUUACAAUGGCAAGGAAAAAGAGCGCGUUUGCAAAGUCAUACUAUCAUACUUGGCAGCUGACAGGACCCAAAUAGCCAUGAAUGGUGUACGAGCUUGUGGAUAUCUGUUCCAGUAUCUAAUGAACAACAAAGAACCAGUACCUCAAGUUAUUCUUACGCCUUUCGUACGGUCUAUGAAUAAUAACAGCAAUGACGUCAAACAAUUACUUGCUAGAGUAUGCACUCACCUUGCAAGAAAUGUCAAUCCUGAAAACAUGUCACCAGAUCUAUUAAAGUCGUUGCUGCCAAUGCUGGUCAAUGGAACGAAAGAAAAGAAUGGUUACGUAAAGGCGAAUAGUGAAUUAGCCCUUAUUGCUGUUUUACGUUUAAGAGUAGGCGAUGAAGAACACCAGCGAUGCAUGUCCUUGCUGGAUGUUGGUGCCAGAGAAUCCCUGUCUGACGUAGUUAGUAAAGUGUUGCGCAAAGUCAUCUCCCAGCCUGAGGGCAAGAUGGAGGAAUUGGACGAUACGUUGCUCACGUGAGAGACGCUGCAUUAUCCAGACUUAAUUGUUCACAACUUUCGUUGCUACUUUAGUCGAGUAGUCUUCUGCAAAUUUCAUCGUUGGAAGUAUCGCUCACGUUCAUCACACGACGACGACAAAGACAAGGACCACGGUAGUGACUGCGACGACAAUAUUAAGAUUUUUAUAGUAAAAAGAAUUCUUAGAUACAUUACCAAACGACCUCUGAUUAAAACGCUAACACCGUCAAUAAGAUAAGACUAUUGUCACGGUCUCAUUUUUAAAAUUAUAUAAAGACUGCGAUUUUUUUAACUAAAGGUCACAUUCAUUGAAGAACGAGAAAACAAUCAAAGCGUCGACGAUUAAACGUACGCAAUGUACACAAAAUCAUUAAGUGUAAUAAUCAACAAUGCAAUCUAGUCGGUGAACACAGGUCUUGCCUCUGAGAGCAACUUUAGCAACGUUCAAUGAAGAGUAAUCGGCUAAAGUUUUUAAACGUUGUUUCCUGAUUGUGCAUUUUUUGGAAUAUAUAAUAAUAGGCGGAUUACGAGUUAUUAAAAAACCAUAAAGUAACGCUAAUAAUAAUCAUGAUUAUCGAUGUCGACGAGAAUAAUAAACCGAUGUUUUUACUCACAAAAAAUGGGAGCGAUGCAGGAUUUUCUAUGACUCGUACAGAGAGAAAUGUCCUGUUUACGUUCGUUGUAUAGUCAUUGACUUACUCAUGAGUGAACGUACAGUAUGGUGUGUAAAUUUGCGUCGUUUCUAUUGAGCUAUUGGAUUUUUUAUUUUCUUAGGCGGCGUUUGCACGGAUCAUGAAAUAUGAGAGGUGAAACUAACUUAUGUAUGUGAUGUCACUCUAUAUAUUUUCUACUUUCAGUUUAUUGCAUUUUUUCACCUACGAUUGUAUAUACUUGUUCUCAUAUAAUGUACUUCAUUUAAGGCUCACUGAUGAAAGGUCAAUACGCUAUACAACGAAUAUAUUUAAAAAAAAUGAAUAAGGAAAUUCGUGAAACGUACGAAAUUUAUUGUGGGGUGUCGCUAUUAUCGCGACUAAAGGUAUUUCAAAUAACUUUUACGAGAUUCAACUGUUAAUUUCUGUACUUUGUUUUAUGCUAUUAAAACCAUAGCUACACGUACUACUUACAAA